GAGACGAAGGUGACAAUGGUCAUGGAACCCAUUCGGGGUUCUUUCAUCGAUCUUUAUCUCCUCGUUCAUUUGAUAGACUACGUACUGAACAUAGUGAUUAUUUUUAUAAACCAAAACGUGGUCCAUCAGCAUGUAAAUCAAAUAUAACAAUAACAAGACCAAUAAAAGCAUAUGAAACAGUAACAAAACUUGUUGAACUUUUAUCCAAAGGUAAUAAUAUUCGAAAACCUGAUAAACAAAAUACGGAAGAAAUGGAAUCACCACCAUUAUCAAAAAAAUAUGAUGAUCACAGAUCUUCCUCACAUUAUUCAAGUUUUUUAUCAAUGGAUGGAGGCGAUUUAUUAUCAUCAACAUCAACAAAUUCAUCUGUAUUUUCAUCUCGAACAAAUUCAUCUAUAUCAACAGUAGCUGAACAAGAUACUCAAGUGAUUAUUAUUGAUGAACUACCAUCACAAUUAAAUGAAACUAGUUCACUUCAAUCAAAAUCUGAAUCAAAUAAAACAAUUAUUGAUGAAAUUCAAACGAAUUAUUCCUUAUCUCCAUGUGAUGUACCAGCAAUUGGAUUAAAUGUAACUACAACUGGUGUACAUCUUGUUUUACUUGAACUUUAUCCACAAAAUGUGAAUUAUUCUACAAUAGUUUUUCAACGUUAUCUUAUAUCAUUAGUUCUUGAUCAUGAACAUAAUGAUUGGUCAAUAUUAAACAUUGAUUUACCAACAAUAACUGAACAAGAAGCAAAUUUUCGUUUAUUUACAUUAACACAUGAUGAAUUUCAAAUUAUACUUAUACGUUUACAAUCAUUUAUAAGUUAUAAUUCAUCAUUAGCAUCUUCAUUUGUUCUUAAUAUUGCUUUAACUGGUGAACAAACAAAUGAAUAUGAAUCAAAAAUUUCAUCUCGUUUAAAUAAAAUCAAUCUUAAUUUUGAUAUUAUUCAAUGUCGUGCAGAAUCUUAUAUGAUUGGUUUAGAAUUUUUUCUACAAAAACAACAACGAAUAAUUACUAAAGAUGAUGAACUUAUUGAAAUAUUAAAUCAUAAUUAUACUUUUGAACAAGAAAAAUAUCAACUUUAUCCUUAUAUACUUGUUCAUGCAGAAGCUGCAAGUACUUUUUUCUAUAUUGUUCAUUCAUCAAGUAAAUACACAGUAGUUACAUCAAAUAAUUUAUGUUAUAAAACUUAUACAAAUUUAAAUAAACUUCUUCAUCCUGGUUUCGAUUCACACAAUGAUGAACAAAAACCAUCUUCUUCUUCAACUUAUUUAUCAUCACCAUUUACUUUUCGACGAGCAUCACCACCAACAUCAUUUGAUGUUACUCGUCAAGAUCUAUGUAAGAAAUGUCAUCGUUCAUCAUCAUCUAAUCCAUCACAAAUACCAGUAACAAGUUUUACUCGUUUAUCCCAUCAAUAUUUUCCUGAUGAUUAUUCUCUAUCAAAUAAACCACACUAUAUUUAUCGUGGCUGGUCAAAUAGACGAACAGCAUCAUACGAUAAUAAUAUUUGUACAUUUGAUGUUCAUACACAAACAGAUGAUAGUUUUAUUCAAUCAUCAUCAUUACAAACACGUUUAGCUAUGCGUCGUUCAUUAUUAUCAAUGUUUAUUAUGAAUCUAGCAUUAACUAUAAAAUUAAUACAUAAACUUUACCCAUCAGUUAAUCAUUGUAUGUUAACAGGAGAAUUUUUUCAAUUAGAAAAACAAUCUGCACAAGAUUUAACAAUGUUUAUUCAAUCAAUUAUGGAAAAAACAUUAUUAAAUAUAUGUCAAUUAAAACGAGAACCACUUGUAGCUGCAUUAGGUUGUGCACUUCCUCGAAUUUAUUUUGAUGUUAUUGAUGAUGAAGGAAUACUAGGCAAUGAUUGUAUUAGUUGA